UCACAGUACAACAGCAUGGAGCAGCUGUGCAUCAACUUCACCAAUGAGAAACUGCAACAGUUGUUUGUCCUGGAGCAAGAGGAGUACAAGAAGGAGGGUAUUGUCUGGGAGUUCAUUGACUUUGGCAUGGACUUGGCUGCCUGCAUUGAGCUGAUUGAAAAGCCCAUGGGCAUCUUCUCCAUCCUUGAAGAGGAGUGCAUGUUCCCCAAGGCCUCAGACACAUCCUUCAAGAACAAGCUGUAUGACCAGCAUCUUGGCAAAAACAAAGCAUUUGAGAAGCCAAAGCCUGUCAAAGGCAAGCCUGAGGCCCACUUCUCCCUGGUGCACUAUGCUGGUACUGUGGACUACAAUAUCAUCGGCUGGCUGGAAAAGAACAAGGACCCACUGAAUGAGUCUGUUGUGCAGCUCUACCAGAAAUCCUCAGUUAAACUGCUGGCUCAUCCGUAUACUCCCUGUACUGGUGGUGGCAAGAAGGGAGGCAAGAAGAAGGGUGGUUCUAUGCAGACUGUGUCUUCACAGUUCAGGGAAAACUUGGGCAAGCUGAUGACAAACUUGAGGAGCACACAUCCUCACUUUGUGCGCUGCUUGAUUCCCAAUAAGUCAAAGAUCCCAGGUCUGAUGGAGAACUACCUGGUCAUCCACCAGCUCAGGUGUAACGGUGUGCUGGAGGGUAUCAGAAUCUGCACAAAAGGUUUCCCCAGCAGAAUCCCCUAUGCUGACUUCAAGCAGAGUUAUCACUGGAAUUUCUAA